CACUGUCGCUGUCUGUGAUCAUCAAUGGCUCCGCUCAGUUCCCCGCAAGAUCUCGGCUUGGGUGCCAUCCUCGCCAGAGCCCUCUCUUCUCCAACACUGUCUCCUCCUCCAACCCUGGUGGCUCGGCAAAACACAGAGACUGUCACUGUUACUUCGUCCGGCGAUAAUGGCAACAGUGCCCAAACAUUGAGCGGAGGCGCAAUUGCCGGCAUCGUCAUUGGUUCGAUUGCUGGCUUUCUUCUUCUUCUCUGGGUUGUUCGAUCGUGUCUCAAUUUAGGCGCGCCACCUCAAGAACGGGAGAAGUGGUAUCACUACAAGGAAGAGCCUCGACGACAUUCACACCAUCAUCGCUCUCGAAGCAGACGAUCGCAUCGAUCAAGCAUCUCUGCACCUCCCCCAAUUGUUGUUAGAGACUCAAGAUCUCGAAGCCAUCGCCGUGGCCGAUCGCCGGGAUAUUAUGGAACUGAUCGCGGCACACGGUAUUACGUAUAAGUGCUGCGCGACCGACACGACAACAAGCGUUUGCGACAGAGCAACCUUCGCUUUGAUACCUCGUGAUGCUUUUACAAUGCAUCAACUCAAUUGAUCAAAAUCGGUCCGAUAAACGGACAGGAGUUACGGCGUAUGG